AUGCCGCAUUUCGGCAUUAAAAAAGAUAGCCGCAUGAGCCCCCUUAGAAUCGUAUUCAAUGCCUCAUCCAAAGCUAAGAAUAAUAAAUCCUUAAAUGAAUGCCUGUUACCUGGGCCUAAUUUAGUAGAGUUGGCCUAUAAUUUGCUUCUAAAGUUUCGAAUGAAUAAAUACGCCAUGCUUGCAGACAUAAGCAAAGCAUUUCAUAGAGUACUAUUAGAUCCCCGUGAUGCCAAAUAUACAAGAUUCCUGUGGCGAGAGGUAGCAGGUCGAGCGCUGACCUUCGCUUUCAGAGUCGUGGUGUUCGGCAUCACGGCUAGUCCCUUUUUGUUACAACAAGUAUUGAGUCAUUAUUUUAGUUUAGAAGGAAGACCUGAAUUAAGCAAGUCAUUUUACAUUGAUAACUAUGUUAGUACCUUUGAAACUCUGGAUGAGAUGAAAAAAGAACAAGAAUCUGUCCAUGCAAUUUUGGAUAAGGGCCAGAAUGCCAUUAGAAGGGUGGGCAACGAACAGUAUAGCCUUCGAUAG